UUUGAUAUAUAUUUGACAUCGCAUGUCUACACUCCAUGCACUGAACUAUGAGGAAGUUAAUUUCAAAAAAGCUUUUUAUUCGAUUGCAACUUCAGAAGCACUCAGAAUUUCGUGGAGUAAAGAUCCAUUACGGGUUUGCACAGACAAAAUGCAGUCAUAUAUACAUAUUCAAGUCUGAUAUGAACGUUUUAUAUCUGACAAUCGUAGGCCUAUAGGAGAUCACUACCCUGCUGUGAAUAAGCAUAUUAGGGCUUAUACUGGUGUAAAAUUGGCAGAUCUGGGCCAACUAUCUGCCGGAACUCUACCGAAGCAGUAUGUCGCAGAAAGAGAGAACAAUGAAUAUGAAAAAAGAACAACACAUGUUCCGAUUCAAGUCAGGAAUUCGGGACAAGGAACAACUUGUGAUCAGCAAGCUUUUUUCAUUAGGAAUUGGAGAACGCCCAGAGAUCCACCUGUUUACCGAUGGAUCCAAAGAACCCGAUUCUAUUCUCAAAGUAAAGACGUUCGCUGCCGUGCAAGAAGGAGACCAAGUCCCGAAGAUUGUGAAGGCGAAGUACGACAAUUAUAUCUGUGUUGUCGGCAGUGGAACAAAAGGAAAACCGACUUACAUUCGAACAGAUACAAGAGAGGAAAGGGAUGAGUGGUGCAGGCUUUUACAGACAUUGAUGUCCAUGAAAACUACGCCGCAUCAACAGCCAUUAGAACCUCAUCGUGGAAGGACAAAUACAGACGCUACCCCUAAUAGACCGGGCAUAUCUCGGGCUAGGAAAGGAGCCCCCAUUACCGCCCCUGGCAGCGUGGAAGGCAUUUUCCGUGCUGAGCUGGGCAAAGUCAUUGAGAAAAGGGCCAAUCAAGUAGACAGCAUUGAUGAAGAUGGUGAUGGCAAUCAAGUCUGCUGUAGACUUCAUCACAUAGAGGCGGCGGCAGCUAAUGACGACGGUCAAGAUACCUACGAGAAUGUUCACCAUGUUCGCAAUUUGAAUGAUUUUCGCAGACAGCAGCAAACUUCCAAACAGGCCCUAAAGAAGAAUCAAGAAUUAUACCAAGAUUUCCAUGAGACAAAGACUCUUCAGGAACAGCUUGGACAGCCAGAAGAUGUGUACGAGACUCCUGUAAGUUUUCCGAAUUUCGUACCUACAUGUAGAACUGAAAACCGUCUUUCUGGAUUCAGUACUUCGUCUGAAGAAUCUGAAGGAGGUGAUUCAGCCAUGUCCGCUCCUCGGAGCCUCCACAGCAAUAAGGAACCAGUGGAGAGUAGCUGGCCAUCUACUCCUGUGCCUUCGGAUGAGUCGGAACCUGAAUAUCCAGCGGAACCUACGAACAUAAAAAUAAGCAAAGCAGAAUCACGUAAAGAAUCAAUUUUAUGUCCCAAGGAACCAGAGGCUAGUUUAUGUCUUGAUGAGCUUGAUGAGCCAAUCUAUGUAAAUGCAUUCCCCUUACAAAGAAAACCAGGAACAGUUAUUUCCAGAACUCCAACUCUGAGUAGAACUCCCCGAGAAAACACGUGCAAACCUAAUGUGCCGGAACGGAGUAUGAAGAAGAACCAAGUGCCUCCAAAACUACCCAAGAGAAACCUAGCCAAGAUCACGCAGGAGAUUGAAGACAAAUGCAGAAAACUCAAAGAUGAGAAGCUGGCGGGAUUAGCAGAAGUACGGGUAGCAAAAACCACUCUCGUUCGGAACCUGCAGAUGUUGUGUCUAAAGAAAAUCAAUGAUUGUAUUUUAAUUACAUACGUUCCUGAUGAGCUAAAGGAUCACUUCUGUACCGGUGACCAAUGGUUGAAGGUUAAUGAUACCAACCUAAACAGCGUUUACUUUGCUGAAACCUGCGUUCAAAUGUCAGACAAACCUGAGAUCGAGAUCACAGUGAGAAGAAUCCCAUUUGGAACGAUAUGUGACUUCACAUGGACUUCAAGAAGAGAAGCCGAUAUAGGGCUAAAAAUACAGGGAAACGAGAUUGAGCUUGUACAACGAGACGGUUUGGCUCACCAAAGAGGGUCUCUACAGUCCAACGAUACCACCUGUAUGAAUACUGCUGGUUUGAGAUGCAACUACGUCAUCACUGAAAUCAAUUUUGAUCCCGUCCACCCCGAUGCAUCCACAGAACAGGUAUGGGAUACGAUCAAGAAGACACCCGGAAUUGUAGUUCUUAUCCUUCAUCCGGUGGACUUCCGUACGGUACAGAGGGGCUACGGUUACGACGACGACGGCCUUUACCAAAAUUCCAAUUGAUCCAAGUUCUCAUCUGCAUAGUACACAUGCAAAGGUCUGAGCGACAAUCAUUCGCCGAAACACAAUCAGAAUGGUACUCUGACCGAGGACACAGUGUGCACAGGACGAUAUUUAGGAACACUCGGGCAGCCUUGCUACACAUCACAUGCAACGUUGAUAAAACACCGUAAGAUUUUGUGACACUUGUAGAUACGCAACGAAAUAGCAGAGGUCACAAUUGAAAAGCCGUUUUUUAUAAAUACACUGCGCCAGAAUGAGUUACUUGUAUUUAUAUUAACACGCCGCUUGGCGUUCCAUACACGAUAUGUUGCGUUUUACGUAAUGAUGCUUUGUAUAAGCCAGUUCGUAGUUCCUUUCUGCGCAUGAUCAAAAGAUUCUACGCAUGAUCAGAGGAAGGUCAUUUGUACUAAAGUGACAUGGUGGUUUAAAAUCUAAUGAGAUAAGCACCAACUUUGAUGUCUUGAUAAUUUACAUAUUCUUUUGAAUUGUGGUUUUCAUUUACAUCCACAAAAAAACAACAAUGCGUCCACGAACGACUGUCAUUUCACAGUUUCCCAAGUACAUUGUGCAACAUGCUAUGAAUGCAUUCAAAGUAGGAAUGCAACAAAUGCCUUCAUAAAGUGUUCAUUGGUUUGCUAUUCUAGUCACCUAGUCUAUUCAAUUUCUUCAUCCUGCUAUGUAAGGCAAGCUUACGUAAUAUCAUGCUUUGAAAUUUGCCUAUCAUAAUGAAAGAAAUGAAAGGUCAUUUGACCAACAUUGUCCCUGAAGUAACUACGAACUGGUCUAUUAAACUCAACCAAAUCUAUACUUUGAUCAUCUGACGGUUCACCCCACCUUUAUGUUCUUUCGCCGAAUGUGACUCCAGUGAAAGCAACACUGUUAUGAGACCCAAUUGGAGAAAAAAAACUAUUUAUUGUCUUGUAAUUUUCAUCCAAAAUGUGACAAUCUGUGAAAAGGGCAUACUUUUUCUUUGAAAAAGUGUAAAAUAAAUGAGAUGUCACGCUUCCCAGAAUGUUGAGACUCCCCAAAUCAUCUACUCUUCUGUUCAAAUUCUUCACAUCUCGUCUGGUUUAAUGCCCCUUUAAGGACUCGGCCAACGGACGUAGAGGACGUCAACACUCGGCAGUGUUGCUGACACCCUCUACGUUCGUAGAACUCUACCAUUAAAGAAAACUCCUUUCUCACUACUACCCUAUUUCUUGCCUUUCCAACUCAUUUUGCCAUUUUCAUUUCUCAUGGUCUUCUUUUUAUUUUACUCUCUAAACAUUUUUUCCCAGGACUAUCCACAAUAUGAACCUGAAUCCAUUUCCAUGUUUUUACUUGAAUGUAUUAAACUAAACAGAUUUGGGAUGAAAGUUCUGUUUUUCGACGUCUAUAAUUAUACAUACUCUACAUUCUUUCGCUGCUUAAAAUACAUGAUUGUAGAUAUGUAAAUAACCGUAAACAAAGUUGUAUUAUGCACACUGUAUAUAUAAAAUUGUAUGCACAUUAUAUGGGCAUUUAGAAAGAAAGAAAACAAUGGUUACACGUGUGGCAAUAUUUCUAACAAGUAUGUCUUUUAUGACAAUUAGUUUCUUUACCUUUUUUCUAACUAUUACGUUUCCCACCUUGUAUUAUAUGGUAUUAUACAAAAUAGAAGCCAUUAGUUGUUUCUAUGAAUAGAACACGGAACUGUUCAAAAUGUAGAAUUAUGUUGUUACCACCGAUGAGUCGCACUGUAUACUGUACUGUACAUGUACAUUCGAAUAAUGAAUUCAACAAAGCAAAACAUUGACAAAUCAAGCUGCACACGAUGAAGAGUGUGUAGGACUACAAUUCGAGGUUUUCGCUCAAGUCUUCACUUAUCAAAAUUUGGACUAUAUAAAUUUACAGUUGGAUUUUAAACGACACUUUUAUGGAUUGCUGGCUUCAUGAUAUUUCUUCAAUAUUCGUGGCAACUAUAAUGCACCCAAUUAAUUAAAAUUCAUUAUAUUUUUUUUAUUUCCCUUUUCAUCCCAUUAAUGUUUAACAAUUUUUUAAUUGGCACUCCAUAAAAGUGUGGUUUAGGUUAACCUAUGCUUAACUAAACCAUAACUAUCAGAAUAAAACCAACCUCAAAGUAAUAUCUACUGUACAUCUUUAACUCCCUAUAUUAAAAGUCAGCUCAGAGAAGGUACCAAAUAAUAAAUGAUAAUAAAUUGAUAAUUUUCAAUAAACAAUAAUAAAUGGUAAAAGCGUCUGACAUAAUAGAUCUACUGCUCUCAAAUAUUUCAAUAGUACCAUUUGAAAUUAAGUAAAUAAAAAAAUAAAAUCUUAAUAAAUAUAAUGUGCCAGUAAAGAAAGAAGGUAAUAUAUUUUUAUACAAUAAAUAAAGACAUUUUUCUA